AUGUCGAGCUUCAUCACCAAUUUGUUUCCUUCGUCUGUGGGAAACAAGCACGACAACAUCCUCCCGGUACCUCCCCCGCCUCUUCACACUCGUUCCAGCCAGAAUGAAGAUAGACCCAACACUCCAACCCGGAACAACUUCAUCACACCCGUCUCCACACCGCAAGGAAGCCCAAGCAAGAAUCGAAACCCCCCAGGUGCAAAUGAUUUGCCAACUGCCUUCGAGAAUGCCAUGAAGAUUGCGCCUCCAAGUUUUGGAAGUCCCGCGAAGAACACCCGUUCCCAGACUACCACACCACUAUCACCUGGAAAGAGCAAUACCUUGGCGGUGGACGAUUCGUACUUUGGAAAUGCUUCCGGAAAUGUCGAUGAUAGUAUCAUACACAAGUCAGCUGCUUCUCCAGGAAGCCCUCUUCGAAGGCAAGGACAAGAAAAUACUCCGCCAGUUGCCCAAAACCAAGCUGCGCUAUCAAGGCAGGAGCUGUAUCAGCCAAGAGACAACACCCUAGCGGGUACAAGGAAAUACAAUACUCAACGAGGCUUAACGGCGGAGGAGUUAGAUAUUCUACACAAACCCAAUGUUAAAAGACUGGCGAAUGUUACGCAGCUCUACUUCCUCGACUACUACUACGACCUUCUCACAUACGUUGGCUCUCGACAAAACCGACUUACUCAUUUUCAAGCCGAGUUUCCUGCUCCCCCAGAGACACCCGAAGAAACCUACAACCCUGUUUGGCAGAAGUAUGCUGGACGAGAGCGUGCCAAUCUUCGAAAGAGACGAGUCCGCCUCCGCCAAGGUGAUUUCCAGAUCCUCACACAAGUCGGACAGGGUGGCUACGGUCAGGUUUUCCUUGCUCAAAAGAAGGACACUAGAGAAGUCUGUGCACUGAAGGUCAUGAGCAAGAAGCUGCUGUUCAAACUUGACGAAGUUAGACACGUUCUCACAGAGCGCGAUAUCCUGACUAACGCUAAGAGCGAAUGGCUUGUGCGCUUGCUCUACUCGUUCCAAGACGAGAAGAGCAUUUACUUGGCAAUGGAAUAUGUCCCCGGUGGAGAUUUCAGAACCUUACUCAACAACACUGGUGUCCUCGCGAACCGUCAUGCUCGUUUCUAUAUCGCUGAGAUGUUUUGCUCUAUCGAUGCGCUGCAUCAACUUGGCUACAUUCAUCGCGAUUUAAAGCCUGAGAACUUCUUAAUUGAUUCUACUGGUCAUGUCAAGCUGACGGAUUUCGGACUGGCUGCUGGCUUCCUUGCCCCAGGAAAGAUCGAAUCGAUGAGAGUCAAGUUGGAGAAAGUUGGAGAGACAUAUGUGCCAUUCAGCAAGCCAAUGGAACAACGAACAGUGGCAGAACGACGAGAGGGUUACAGGUCAAUGAGGGACAAAGAUGUCAACUACGCUAAAUCCAUUGUUGGCUCUCCGGAUUACAUGGCACCCGAGGUUCUAAAGGGCGACGAGUACGAAUUCUCGGUGGAUUAUUGGAGUUUGGGCUGCAUGCAUUUCGAGGCAUUGACUGGUUUCCCUCCUUUCGCUGGUAACUCUGUCGAUGAGACUUGGAAGAAUUUGAAGCAUUGGAGAGAGGUUCUGAAACGACCGGUCUGGGAAGAUCCUAACUACUUCAUCAGCAACCGGACUUGGAACUUUAUCACUAGCUGUAUUGCCUCUAAGAGCAAGCGUUUCUCAUCAAUCAAGGAGGUCUAUGGCCACCAGUACUUUGCCGAAGUUGAUUGGAAUACCCUCCGUUCUCAGCGCGCACCCUUCGUGCCAGAACUCGACUCGGAGACCGAUGCCGGCUACUUUGACGAUUUCAGCAAUGAGGCCGACAUGGCUAAGUAUAAGGAGGUUCAUGAUAAGCAAACAGCUUUGGAGAACAUGGCCGAUCGUGAAGACCCCAUGAACAAAAACUUAUUUGUUGGUUUCACGUUCAGACAUCGCAAGCCUACUACAGAUGACGGUGGCAGGUCCAGCAGCCCUCGAAAAGCCAUCCCAACUGAUGGGACUUUUGGUACGAUGUUGUGA